AUGUCCUUAUCAGAAAAUCAAGAGUUUUCUAGUAUAGUUAAGAAGAGUUUUAGAGACAUUUCCGUUGAUUCAUCUGGCAUUAAUGCUUCUGAGUUUUUGUUAGCAUCGGAAUCGUUUCUCAAUAUUAUUGAUCUCUUAGAUGCAAAUAUCUUUUCUAUUGUUAAAAAUGAUAUUAAAAAGAAUAUAAAAAAAAUCAGAGAUUAUAUAGUAGAAUAUCCUUUACAAUCUGAAACUCUUGAGUCACUUGUAAAAAACGAAGCUAUGCAAAAAAAAACCGUUGCAACAGAGGGACUUUUAUGGUUGAUUAGAAGUUUUGCAUUUACUUCUUGUGCUUUACAUAGAAGUAUGGAAAAUGAAAAGGAAGAAUUGUCGACUAGUUUUUCGAAAGCUUAUGAUGAAACACUUAAAAAACAUCAUUCUUUUCUUGUACGACCUAUUUUUAGCAUGGCAAUGAAAAACUGUCCACGUAGAGAUGCUUUUUAUUCAAAGAUUUGCUCAGAUCCAAUAAUUCUACGUACGUCUGUUAAUGAAUGGCUCUCUGGUUUAGAUGAAAUUAUUUUUUCUUUACAAAAUUUUUAUGAAAAUGGUCAAUAUUCUCGAGGCCUUUAA